CCCCCUCCAUCCGGCUUUCGUCCCAUGCGUGAGCCAGCAGCCCCCUGCCCAUAGAAACCGCCGCCCCACUCGAGCGGACGAUGCCGACACCCGAUGAUGCCAUGGUCUCGCCAGUGGAGCACGAGAGCAUCACCGGCCGCGCAACCUGCCCUCCCGACGAAUCGCGCGCCAGCACUGCCCACGAGUUGAGCGGGCCGCGACAAACAACCCACGACAGCAAUGCGAGUCCUGCACGCGAUGCGCCCAUGCAGCAGCCCACGCCGCCUCCCCACGACGAGCCCGACCAUGGCCAGCCGCCCGCGGAUGCCCACAGCAAGCCCUCGACCGCCGACAUAGAAGCCCCAGCCAGGGACAUUCCCACGCCCAUGACGGCGACGGACGAGGGCACCGACGAGCAGCGCCCGGCCCAGCCCUCGCCCCAGUCCACCAUCACGCCCGUUUCGCUGCUUGCCAACCACAUCUCCUCGCCGUUUCUGGCGCAUAGGUUUCUGCCCAAUACGUCGUCGUCGCUUCUCCGGCCUGGCAGUCGUUUCGUCGGCAGCCAAACGUCUGACCGCCAGAAAUACGAGGUCGAGGUGGAGAUAAAACAUGUCGACAUGCGCGAGUCCUUCAUGUGUGGCUAUCUGCGCAUCAAAGGCUUGACCGAGGAUCAUCCAAGCCUGACGACCUACUUCGAGGGCGAGAUCAUCGGAAGCAAGUACACCUUCAUUACCCAACAUCCCGAAUGGGGCUCCAACGAAAAGGUCGAUCGCCAACACUGGGCGCGCUUCCCUGCCUACAAGCCGCUGUCCAAGAACCUGUCGCGUCCCGAACUGGCGAGCAAAGACUGGAUGCAGAAAGAGCAUCUUUUUAUGCGCUGGAAAGAGUAUUUCCUCGUGCCCGACCACCGCGUCAGGACCAUAAGCGGCGCAAGCUUCGAGGGCUUCUAUUACAUCUGCUUCAACCAGGUCACUGGCGGCAUUGAAGGCAUCUACUUCCAUGCUAAGAGCGAAAAGUUCCAGAAGCUCCAGCUCGAACACAUCCAGGACUACGGGUGUCAGGGAGCCAUUGAGUUCCGAUAACGUUUAACGAUUGCACGACUUGGCAUUUUUUGAGGGGGGUGUUGGACUUAGCAUUUGGGCGCACUCUGGGAUCGACUUUCUUGUACCGUAUCAUUUACCCUCAGACCGUAUGCAGCGUGCGACACGGCCGUAGAUAAUUUCUGCAGUAAUGUUUCCUGGGACAUUGGGGCAGGAUUACGUCAUUUGUAGACUCGUCUUACAAUGUGUGUGCAUUGUGG